GUGUAUCGAGAUGGUUCUUUAUUUAGAUUAGGCGAGGUCAAAUGAAUGACGCUACUCGUAUCUUGUAUGCGCGUUUCGGAGACGCAGCACAAAUCUAUGGUGUAAGAUUCUAGAGUCCUAGCUAAGGAAGCCUGUUGUCCUAUUUGGCACAAUGUUCGGACAUCAAAAGUUCCUAUAUGUAUUUUAGAGCGUGGUUUCAGGAGACCAGGAAUAACGUUCCGUGUACUCAAAUCGUUUGCCCUAGCGGUGCGAGGUGAUAGAAGGACGUGGGAAGGGUUAGUCGUGGAGAUAAGAUAUUUAUUAGGAGUAGGAAGGAUUUGAAAGUGACCAACUUGGUCUCGUGUGCAGUUAUGGGUAUGAGGGCUAAUAUCACUUCCCUAUUGUCCACACCGUGGAAGGGUAUUUCUUGAGGGACCUGAAAAAGAAGUCGGAUUAGUGUUGGUCUUAACGACCUGGGAGCGUGACCGCAAUGCCCAAAGCACAACUGCUUGAGGCCUGUCACGCACGGCCUUUUUGUGGGGGAUUUUUGACGUGUUAGCUCCGUUCUUCAAAGGACCUUACCGCCGGAGACGGAAAUCCGUGGGAUAAGACGAGGUGUGCAUUUUCAAGGGUUGACCUUUUCUAACCCCAACCCUCCUUGUAGUAAGGCGGCAUCACUGUUAUGCUGGUUGUCUGAAUGAAACGCCUUACUGCUGUCAUACCUCUGUACAGUCGGCAGUACGACUUCGCCUUCGGACCUUGGGAUUGCUGCUUUUAGUCUUACCGCUCUUCAACCGACCUUUCUGGCAUGGUAGGACCUCGAGGAACGAUUGUUCCAGCCAGUAUAGCUCGAUUGGUUCAUCACGAUAGACAAGCUCGACCACCACGUCAAGGUAGCAGCAACGGUCGGAUUUUAUUUUAUAUUUCCCUAAUAGAGUUCAUAAACCUCAUCCUGACUGAAAGGUCAAUGCAUGUAACCACCGUGCUUUAAGCUUUGUUUUACAAACUAUUAUUUCGUUCAUGGAUGUCGCAACUGACUGGCAGUUUUUCCAGUACAUACUGAAUUGAGUCUACCAAGAGCCUUGCUCAAAUCACCUAAUAAACCUCAUAGAGUAUAUAAGGAAAAGCAAAUGUUAAAAGACAGACCAACAAAUGAAUUUUACUUGAUGCUUAUACAGACAGUUUUUCUACCUUUGUAAGCUAUCUAUGAAAACCAUUUCAAAAUGUCAUAAUUCGUGAUUAGAAACUUACUUUACUAACGUAAAACAUAGCAGACAGUUGGCCUGGAUGUUUGACGUUUUGAGAUGGCAAUUUAAUUUCUGGAAAUAAUCGUUCCAUCUAGACGACACAUCUCUAUCACUGACGUUCUGUGGUUUUGUUUCGAUGUAUAAGGUAGUAUAUUUGAUCCCUGGAAUCCUUUGGUUUUGUACGUUACAGAACUUUAUGUAAAUAGCUUUUUAAACCUGGAUAUCACAAAUCAUGUUAACUGAAAAAAGUCGGGAACCAACUUUACCUGGUUCACAGUCGUCUGAACAUCAGACAGAUUAUGGUCCCAGCACGACCGAAACAGCUGAUCGAUCUACAGACAAUCCUGGGCCUUAUCUAGAUGGCACCGUACGUAAAGCUGAUGGAAUGAGCGAUAGUGAUUUUGACGAACGAGAUGUUUCGGUGGAAGAUGAUGACAGUAUUCCUCCGGAGGAAGAUGCUGCUGAUGAGGAAGAAGUAUCAAGUCUAAUGAAAGAAAGUCAAAUGUCAUUAGAUGAACUCCUAGCUAUAUACGGAAUUUCUGCAAACUCUUACGGACACAAAAGCGACACUGCUGCAGUUUCCUGCAGCAACGUUUCCAGAGGUAAAUCUGGGCGCUUAAAAAGCAUUCGACACACUGUUACUCCAAGUUUAGCUUCAUCACAGGAGUCAUUGUUAUCAUUACCUCCAGCCAAGAAAUUUCGUUGUGCUGCUCACGCAUCUGUUUGCUUAAAUAUUGGAAGUAAUGAUAUUUCUACUGGAGGAACUAGACCGGUAUUAUCAGCUGAUUACCCAACCUUUCGUUCAUCGUCAGAUGUCGAUGCGUUGGUAGAUAAAAGCAAAGCCGAUACACCUCCAUUACGUUGCCUCACUGUGUUUCCACACCCACACUCAGUCCCUUGUUCGCAAAGCACUAGUCCAGUAUCUAUAGAUGUAUCAUGUCCCGAUCCACCUUCAGCCACCGCAACUCCUCAAUAUUCAAAACAACGUGCCUCAGAAGACUCAACUACUAGCCGCAAAAGCUCAUCGCGUAGUCAUCUACUUAGGUCCCGCUCAAAAUCUAACCUAGCUAUUCAUACUUCUGAAUUAUUGGACAGUGCAACUCCUAAUGAAGGGAAUCGAUUGGAGGAAGAGGAUAUUGAUACGAGUGUGCCUAACUUUGAGCUGGAUGUAGAAAAUCAAUUCGAUAAAAAUGAGGAAACUACUGACGAUAAAUUUGAAGCCAACCAGGAUUAUUCUUCACGUUUUUGGAAGAGUGCAAUUACUGGUCAAGAAACCACACCUUCGUACAAUUCAGAUGAAGAUGAAGACUACUGUCCAAGUGAAGAUAGUGGUCGCGAUUGGAAAGGUGAGAUAAAAAUUGGCGAAGAUUAUCAGGCAAAUAUCCCUAUGCUUGUGCUAGCAUCAAAUGUAAUUGAUAAUCAAUGUGAUGAAAGUUUAUCAUAUUAUGGUUCUGAACGGAUUUUUCAAGAAUCUAGUCUUCUAUGGAAACCUUCGGAAAAGCUCUGUGAAGCUGAUGUCACACGCUUUGAGAGGUCAUAUGCCCAAGUUGUUCUGUCUACACUGCCUAAUGAACGAACAAUAGACGAUGAAGAGGCUUUAUUCUUGUUAAUGCGUUGUGAUUACGAUGCGGAUGAAGCGCUGCAACGAUUACAAUUUAAAGCAGUAUCACCAAUUGCUGUUCCCGGCUAUUUCGAUUCAUGGUCAGAGUCCGAUUGUACAGCAUUUGAGAAAAGUUUCGUUUUAUGUGGAAAAGAUUUUCGGCAGAUCCGAGAGACACGACUUCGUCAUAAAACUGUAUCGGAACUAAUUCAUUUUUAUUACCUUUGGAAGAAGACAGCACGUCAUGAUGAGUUUGCACGAAUAUAUCGUAGAGAUAAAAAGAAAUCUUCACAUCCUAACAUUGCGGAUUUUAUGGAUUGUUUGGCUAUGGAACAAGAAAUUCUGGCGGAAUCCUAUAUGCAAAGUGCCACUGAUGUAGUUUUGUCAACUGCAACAUCGAAUCCAGAUCCUCAUAAGUACAUUCAGCUUACUUCAAUCAGUAAUAUUGGUUCCAUGAAAGGUGGUAGUUGUCAGAUGGACUCAUCUAUGAGUAGUAACAAUGCACAAAAUACCGGAGUAGUGUCAGCGAAUUGUAGUGAAACCUGUACUUCAAGAAGUUCUGUUAAUCGAUAUACAGGUUUGUCAGACGACAAGAACGAUGAAGUCACUACUAGUGUAUGCUUAGAUGCUUCUGGAAGUCGAUGCAAAUCGAAAUCAAGUGUUAGCUCACUGAAUACAUCAACAAAUACAACUAAUAGUAUUAAUGAAAUGAAUAAUUACAAUGGAGCUCAUUAUAUAAAGCAGUCAGAUCAUAUACCUAGUUCAUCAUCUACACGGUCUACACGUGCAGCAUUGUCAUCAACUGUAACGGUUUAGAGUUAACGGUGCUGGGUAAUAUAUUCGAUACUUUUUUGUCUACAUUUUACUUUUUCUUGUUCUAAAUGUGACACUCCAAUUUUUAUGUGCACUACUUCAUUUAAGAUCCCUAUCUCUCGAUAAUUUCAUAACUUUUUUCUAAUUGCUAAGCGAGUAAACUUCAAUUUAUUGUAACACUUUCUUGUUGUCUGUCGGUGGUUUUUUUGUACGUCAGUAGAUCUAUGUAAGUCUGAAUAACGUGUACUAUAUGAAAUACUACUGCUACUUUAAAAACAAUGUCAGUUCAAAAGUGAUAUAUCUCAUCAUUCAUGUUAUUGUAUGUAGUUGCUAUUCACUAUUGUCAUAUUAUCUUUUGUUUCCCUUAAUCAAUCUGUACUCACGUUUGGAGUAUAUUGUCCUACUUUACUUCACUCAUUUCCAUUACAUUUGUAUUUCUAUCCUGUGAAUGAGUAAUGUUCCUGUCUUCUGUACUGAAAAAAACCUAUAAUUGAUAUGCUGUUAAUAACUUACAUGAUAUAUAAAUUGUGUUAAAAAACCCGUUUAGAAUUUAUGUU